CACCUUCUUGUAUCCUUGUCAAACGCACGGCCGAUCAUCCCCACUUCACGUGUGACCACCAGAACGCCAUGAGCGUCCUCCUGGAGACUUCCCUUGGUGACAUUGUCAUUGACUUACUAGUUGACGAGUGCCCUAAAGCCUGCGAAAACUUCCUGAAGCUAUGCAAAGUCAAGUACUAUAAUUUCUCCCCCGUCCAUAGCGUCCAGAAAAACUUCACUUUCCAAACCGGCGAUCCCCUCGGACCUGAUUCCUCGGAAAGCGAUGGCGGUUCGUCGAUUUGGGGCCUUCUGGAAGGUCCGCCGAAGAGGACGUUUUCGCUCGAGCCUCCACGGAAGUUGAAGCACGAUGAAAGAGGAACGGUGAGUAUGGCCACAGUUCCUUCGCCGCAUGACCCCGAUCAGCGCAUCGCUGCGAGCCAAUUCAUUGUCACAUUGGGAGAGAAUCUUGAUUAUCUGGAUGGCAAAGCGGUGAUCUUUGGGAAGGUUGUGGAGGGGUUCGAUGUCCUUGAGAAGGUAAAUGAAGCCUUCAUAGACGACCGGGGUCGACCUCUCAAAGACAUCCGUAUCCGACAUACGGUUAUUCUUGACGACCCAUUCGAAGAUCCCCCGGGCCUGGUGACUCCAGCUGAGAGCCCUUUGCCCUCAAAGGCGCAGCUAGCUACUGUGAGAAUAGCCGAUGAUGAGGAGCUCGACGAUAAUAUGGACGAGGAAUCUAUGGAGAAAUUACGGCGAGAGCGCGAAGCAAGAGCACAGGCGCUGACCCUUGAAAUGGUUGGUGAUCUUCCAUUUGCGGAGGUUAAGCCGCCAGAGAAUGUCUUGUUUGUCUGCAAAUUGAAUCCUGUCACUCAAGACGAGGAUCUUCACUUGAUCUUCAGCCGGUUUGGUCCAAUUUUAUCAUGCGAGGUCAUUCGAGACAAACGAACAGGGGAUAGCUUGCAGUACGCUUUUAUCGAAUUCGAAAACCAGAAAGAUUGUGAACAAGCCUACUUCAAGAUGCAGGGCGUGCUAAUUGAUGAUCAUCGCAUUCAUGUGGAUUUCUCUCAAAGUGUGUCGAAAUUGUCAGAAAGCUGGAGGAACGCUACUAUCUCCAAACGCAGUGGUCAGAGAGGCGGGUUCGGCGGCGUAGCAAGCCUUGAGAAGAAGCGCCAGUAUAGGGCGUCUGAUAACGCUCGUGAAGCAGAGAACGAUUAUAACCUAGUGUUUGACAAGGGUGACAAGGGUGACAAGGCCCCUCGCAGGCGGCCAUACAGCCGGAGUCCACAACGAAGUUCCAAUCGUGACCGACGGGUUAGCCGAAGUCCUCGGCGAGACUCCUAUCGAGAUCCCUAUCGGAGACGACACCGUGACCGGUCUCACAGUCGAAGCCCAGCACGGGGGGAAUAUCGCGAUAAAGACCGUGGUCGCUACAACGACCAUGAGCGACGCCGGGAUGAUGAACGUUAUGGGGAAAGGAGGCGUCGUUGACUUGUUUCUCAAAUUCCUAGUGCCUGUUAUAUAUUCCCUGUGUAAAAUAAAUCAAGCAUACCUACGUAACUAAAUAUGGGCGAUGUUGAUGAUUGA